CAUCGAUAAACCCGCCGUCGAUCACACUCCUGUCCUGUGGUGUGAUCCCGGAUCACAGGUUCCGCCGGGAUCCCGUAUUCGCUCCGGCGCCGGCGGCUAUUCCUAUGGCUAAUACUGUCCUCGUCCUGAUCUCUGUUGUGGCUGCUGCCUUUCUGGCCAUCAUCCUCGCUCCACUUCGUUACCCUGAAUGGAUUCCUCCGAGGUGGUUCAGGAUUUCAGCGGACAUGGUAGUCAUGAACGCUACUAUCUACACCAGCGACCCAUCGCUUCCUUUCGCCCAAGCUAUGGCCGUCCGAGACGGCCGGAUUCUCCGAGUUGGAAGCUAUUCCUCCAUUAAGGGUCUGAUAGGACAUGGAACUUCUCAAUUGAACCUUAACGGGAAGGUUGUAGUGCCGGGGUUCAUUGAUUCACAUGUGCACUUGCUAUUUGGUGGAUUGCAGAUGGCACAAGUGCUACUUCGAGGUAUCAAGAGUAGAGAAGAAUUUGUAAGAUUGGUCCAAGAAGCAUUGAGAGGUAAAGAUGUUGGUGAAUGGAUAUUAGGAGGUCAAUGGAAUAAUGAUAACUGGGGAGGAGAUUUACCUCUUUCUUCUUGGAUAGAUAGUAUCACUCCAGACAACCCUGUAUGGCUUUCACGAACGGAUGGUCAUAUGGGACUGGCUAAUUCACUUGCUUUAAAGAUAGCUGGAAUUAGCAACAGGACAUCUGACCCAGUUGGUGGAACCAUUAUGAAGAAUUUGGAUGGAGAUCCUAGUGGUCUGCUAGUCGAUUCUGCAAUGAAGCUUGUUCUAGCCGUGAUUCCUGAAGUUUCAGUCAAGGAGAGAAGGGAUGCAUUGUUAAGAGCAAGCAAGUAUGCAGUUUCCAGGGGAGUGACAACAGUAGUUGAUAUGGGAAGAUUCUUUCCAGGCGCCUCAGUUCAUCAUGUUUGGCAUGACUUUUCAGAUGUUUACCAAUGGGCUGAUUCUUCUGGGAAAAUGCUGAUCAGAGUGUGCUUAUUUUUCCCAUUGCAAACUUGGUCUCGAUUAGUUGAUCUCAUCCAAGGAAAGGGUAAAGUGUUCAGUAAAUGGAUGCAUUUUGGUGGUGUGAAAGCUUUUGCAGAUGGCUCUUUGGGCUCAAAUAGUGCACUGUUCUAUGAGAUCUGCUUCCACAUUACCCAACAAGCCACUAAAACGCUUAGAGACAUACUUAUGAAGAUCUCUGCUUCAACUUUGAUAUCCACUGCAUAUGACAAUGAUCCACACAAUUAUGGACUUCAAGUAACAGAUAUGAUUUGGCUUCAAAAUGCAACAAUGCAUGCAGACAAAUGCAGACUUCAGGUAGCAAUUCAUGCGAUCGGAGACAAAGCCAAUGAUAUCCUCCUGGAUAUGUACAGUAAUGUUGCAUCUUAUAAUGGAUUGAGGGAUCGCAGAUUUAGGAUUGAACAUUGCCAGCAUCUUGUGCCAGAAUCACCCAAACGAUUUGGUAAACAACUGGUGAUUGCCUCUGUGCAGCCAGACCAUCUCCUGGAUGAUGCUGAGCCUGCUGAAAAGAAGCUAGGGAUCGUGAGGGCUCAGAGUGGAUCAUACUUAUUCAAGUCGCUAUUUGACAGCAAUGCAACAGUAGCUUUUGGUUCUGAUUGGCCAGUUGCUGAUAUCAAUCCACUAGGAGCUAUCAGGACUGCUAUACACCGAGUGCCUCCUGGAUGGGAAAAUGCUUGGAUUCCAAGUGAGCGUACCACUUUGGAUGAGGCUAUGAAAGCAUCCACCAUUUCAGCAGCGUAUGCUGCCUUCCUUGACAAAGAUUUGGGUAGCCUGUCCAAGGCCAAGUAUGCGGAUUUUGUCGUGUUGCCGGCCAAUUCAUGGGAUGAAUUUUUGGAGAAUUUACCUGAUAUUGUACUGGCGACCUAUGUGAAUGGAAACCAAGUAUAUCCUUGAGAAUGUUGAAUUUUUGGUAAGCCAUGUUCCAAUCUGUCCAAUAUCAAAGACUCAUCGGCCAUUUUGGUAUUGAUUAUGCAAUCAGCGACAAUAGUUAUUUCUUCCAAAUUGUAAGGUGAUCCUACCAUGUUAUGUGCAUUAACCAUAAUUGUAACAAAUCGUUGAGACCUGGAGAUGCAAAUUUAGAUUGACCAGUUUGUUUAAAUGACGAUUGAAAAGGGCGGUUUGACAGUGGUUA